CGGGGUAAAUGCGACCAAAGAGCCGGGCCGGUAAAUCCACGUUGAAGUGGUGUGCUCGCCGGUACGUUAGAGAACCUUGGUUCUAAUUGUGUCUGGGAGGCGUACCUAGGCCUAUCUUCCUGCAGCUGGCCAUAGCUACGGCCCAGCAAAGAACACGCAUAACUCCCUUGGAAAUCGUCGAAUCACCGUGACUACAAGAACUUGUUCGUUCCCCGUUCCGUCUCCAUUAGCUCUCAGCUACUCUUCACCGUCUGUCAUGCCUGCUGUGCGAGCAAAAAAAGACGCUAAAUCUGUCUCGCCUACAUCGUGCGACGCAAAUCCAAACGAAACUACCGCCGAACAUAACAGAAGUCAGAGAAAGCGGCAAUCUCAGAGCUGUGAUGCUUGUCGAGCCAGAAAGGUUCGAUGCGUCCGGGAGAAUCUAGAAGAUCCAAAGCAGUCAUGCAAGCACUGCCUAGCCCUUGGAAUACCCUGCACUUACGAUUACCGACCAAAAAAAAGAGGACCCCCCAACUUAUAUCUGCGUCGUUUACAAGAAGCAGCCGCUGCCGCUGCUGUAGCUCAAUCUGAGCAGAAUAAUAACGAUGUUGCGUCAAUAUCACCCAUUUCUGCUCACCAAUCUCUUGCUAGCCCCACACAAUCAAGCUUAUCCCCUUUGCAGCAGCACACACAUUCCCCUUCCCUGGAACCUAUCUUGACCCCAAUCCAGACUGCCGCUCCCAUUAUCAUCACUCCAUCUCGAUACCCUAUCGCGGCCGACUCGUAUCAUAAUCACUACUCUCCUGUUAAUACGAUCCUACCAACAUCCGCUAGUAGCGCCUUACUCCCUCAAAAGACAGACGACAACCAACCGUACUCCUUUUCCGAGUCAUAUGGCGGAUUAUACAACUGGUCUUAUAAACAUCAUCAGCCCCUCCCGGUUCUGCUUCCGAGUGUCAUACCUCCACUUUCGUAUUAUUACCGACCUCACCGUUUGGAAGAUAUCGCUCCCCGGGACAGUAUUUCACUCAUAAUCGCGCUUUUCUUCGAUUUCGUGUACCCGUUAACCCCGUGUAUCCACAAGCCAUCGUUCAUGGCGGACCUGCACACCAAGAGAGAAGAACGCGACCCGCUAUUUUUUGCUCUUGUCAUGUCCACAGUAGCAUCAACCUUGGUGCAAGUACCACGAUCUUAUGUGCCCAUGGAACGCUCCGUUGUGCGAAAACUUGCGCAAAGGUGUUAUGAAGCCAGUCGACAUAUCACUACCGCAGCCUACGACCCUCCCACGUCUAUGCACGUUGUUAUCCGAUACUUUGACUGUGUCUACCAUUUUUGCGAAGGUAAUGAUGCCGCACAACAUGCCGCCUUCGGUGAAGCGGCUCAUAUUGCCGUUACCCUCCGCAUGCACGAGGAGUCCUCCUAUGAGGGGCUUGACCCCAUCGAAUGCGAGGUUAGACGGCGAACAUUCUGGUUACUUUUUGGCGCCGACAAGUCGAUGUCGAUUCUCUUGGGGCGCCCCAUAUGUCUUCGUGACGAAGAUUGUACUGUUCACUUUCCGAAGGAACUCGAUGAUGAGUACAUCAUUCCCACUGCAUACCUGCCUCAGCCCCGUGGCAAGACGGCCCUGGUCUCAGGAUUAAACUACAUCUCCAGGAUUUUUGCACUUCUAGGUGAAAUACUAGUUCGUAUCAGAGUCGAUAAGCGGUCACCUCCGCAGGGUCAAUUUGCAACAGCGAGACUGGAGGAGGUUCAAUCGCUGCACUCGCGCAUUAUGGGGGCCCUUAUGCACACACCAGAGCCCCUGAGGCUGAAGCAGACGCGUCGACACAGCCGCCUUCCAGCUGAGUACGGCGGUGCUGGGUUCAGACAAGCCACGUUCGCGGAGGUCAAGGACUUCUUUGAAAACCCCAAAGCUUCACGUGCAAAUGCCCUUAACCCAUUCCUCGUCAUGCAGGCAAAUCUUUACGUGACUCAACAACUCGUUCGAUUCGUGGUGGAGCAAUACCGCGAUGAACUGGUCACGUCUUUGCAAGGUAGUAUUGAUGAACAUCAAGUUGCCGAGGAUCGGGAAGCAGUCGCGAGUGACCUGCUCAAUAUUCUUCACAGUAUUCCUAUCCAGUCAAUCGCUACUAAUGGACCUUCACUGGUGCACAAAGUGCGAUUCGUCGCAUCCACCUUGCUAGAUGCUGUUCGAAAAGCGGAGACCGCUCCGGCAUCGGCGGCGCGUGCCCAUGCUUUCCUAUGGGACUUCCUAUCUAUUCUGUCCGAGAUCGAGAGAAAUUAUCUUCUUGACGACGAUCGUGACGGGACAUCGAGCGGCGACGGUGGCAUGCCCAUGAUCUAGUGUUGUUUUCUGUAUGUAUGCAAACUGAUAUAUGGUAUAUGUACUUCCUUCUGUUGUCCUUGCUUGUGUCGUAGAUUUUCUUUGGGAUGGUGUAUCGUAUCGCUAGACUGAUCUAUUCGUAUUAAUACCCGUUUUCUUUCUAAAAUUAUCGAUAUUCGAUAUUCGUCACUGUUAGACUAUGUAGCCUCACUCCCAAGCCUGCUAUCUUUAUGCCCCCGAUGUGUUAGAAUACCAAGC